AUGGGAGGCUAUCGUCAUCGGGUGAGUCGGCACCGUGUUUACCGUAAACAUCAUCUGUCCGGUUGCCAACUGUCCUGGGUUCCUGCAAUGCCAUUUGUCAACUUGGCCCUUCAGGUUACUACCUGUGAUUUCUCUGGGUAUGAAUGCCCCACUUGA